AUGGAAACGCUUAUCUUAACUGCAGAACAUAGGAAUCAGUAUUAUGGGAAGAAAACUCUUGCACAUAGUGAUGGGUUUAGAUCAGCUCCUUCCAAAACUUUCAGGAAAAUCAAUUGCAGAGUUUUUCAUUAUGGAGUAGGUUUGCUUCCAAGGCCUUCAAAGAGAACCUCUUCAACUCCUAUAACCAAAGGGCCUCUUCCUCUUCCUCUUCCUCAUGCUCACUCCCCUCCUUCUCCCAACUCCGUUUUGCCUGUCUUUGAUUGCCCUCGGACCAGUCCCAUUCCCAUUGCUAGCAGCAGAGGCUCUCGGUCUUCUAGUGAGUUUUUUGUUGACAAAAGGAGAAGCCUUUCUUACUCUGAGCUUUGGGCAGGUCCUACUUACUCCAACUCUCCUCCACCCACUUCUGUGCCAAUGCCUAAGUUCUCUCUCCGCCAUAAGAGGACUGUGUCUUUGAGCUUUCCAGCUCCCGACCCUGAUGUUGAUUUCUGUGAAGUUGCUAAAUCUUCUCCAACAUCAUGUCCUGACUACCCUUUUCACACUACUGUCUCUGCCACUAUGACACUGCGUCGCUUGCUCAACCUUGAGACUGCAGACGUUGAAUGA